AUGGGAGAAAGGCCAUGAAACUACCUGAAAACUCUUGCAACUAAUAAACUAUUAUACAUUAUUCUCCAUUCCGGAAUACCAAACACUAGAACCCUCUUUCACUUUGAACCAUUUCUAUAUAUAGCAUUCCGAUCUCAACCGAGUUCCAUCCUGAAGAAGAAUAGUAGCUGGAUUCGUAGACAUUUUCCGUUUGGUUGUUAAGCUUUUCCCAUAGUUUUGCAGGAUGUCCCAACUCAUUCCUAGCCUUUUUGGUGGUCGAAGAACCAAUGUGUUUGAUCCAUUUUCUUUAGACGUAUGGGAUCCUUUGUUCAGUUCCGCAUUGGCUAACAAUGUGCCUUCAUCAGCACGUGAGACUGCAGCCAUUGUUAAUGCAAGGAUCGACUGGAAAGAAACACCCCAAGCUCACGUUAUCAAAGCCGACCUUCCAGGGCUGAAGAAAGAGCAAGUGAAAGUUGAGGUUGAAGAAGGUAGGGUUCUUCAGAUAAGUGGAGAAAGAAGCAAAGAAGAAGAAGAAAAGAAUGAUAAAUGGCAUCGCAUUGAGCGAAGCAGUGGCAAGUUCAUGAGGAGGUUCAGGUUGCCGGAGGAUGCUGUGAUGGAUCAGAUUAAAGCUAGCAUGGAAGAUGGCGUCUUAACUGUGACUGUCCCUAAGAAAGAAGACAAGAAACCUCAGGUCAAGACUGUCGAUAUUUCUGGCUAAAACAUUUCAAAUGUUUCUAGGUUUCACUAAUGCAUGGAGAAAAAUAAGCAAAGGGUGUUGAAGUAUUUUGUUUGUACGUGAGAUAUUUCCUGUGUUUUCCUAGAAAAUGAUGUAACAGUAACAGUGUGUUAUAGGUGUUUGAGUUAUGAAUAAAUUAAUGUGGCUUUGUCAAUGCUUCAUGAUUGCAGAACGGUCACUGAUGCAGACAAUGCCAUGAGCCUUGAUUAUGCCAA